CGACGAUGAACUUAUCCUCAAUGAUCAACGCGGAAGAACCGAGGCCGAAGUUGGAGGGUGAAAUACCAGCGCAGAGUAAUAGUGUACACACAGAUCGCAAUCAUCCAUCGGCCAAUUGCUGGGAACUCCCCUACGUCUGGUCAGCAUUAACGCGCUUUAUACCUGGAUUGAGAGACGAAAUACUAGAAGGCGUUAGAGAACUGGAAGACGCCCUAAUGGCACCACCGAGCAGCGUCCAUCCGACAGUUCUCCUCGUUAUGGAGAGUAUUAUGAGAAUAUUCAAGCCACAAAUGAAAAAUGUCGAAGCAGACGCUAUCAAUAAGCACAUACACGCUCAACUUUCAGAUAUCAAGUUCUGGCCGGAAGAAGACGCUGAAGGUUUAGCAUCACCAGAACAGAGACCUUUGCAAGACGGAAAAUCGUUCUGGGAAGCUGAAUGGAGAGAGAAGGUAUCGGUUAUGAGGCACCUCGUCGAUCUAAUGCUCUCUACACCCCAGAUAAAAGACUAUAUCGAAAAAUCCUAUCGUGUCUCAACUGUGGAAAGACAUAGAAAACGUCGGGACGAUCCAAUCGAAAAUCCGAUAGUGCUACCACCAUUAGGGGAAGAUAGCAAAAGACAGCGCUUAUGGGUUAUUGAAGAUAAACCGCGAGUUUAUAUUUCAGGAAAUCCAUGGAAGAAAUCAACUACGAUGACAGCGAUAACCAAUACUAUCGAAGAUGUAGAAGCGCUUGCGAAGAGUUACGCUAUGUCUUCUUAUCAAACUGAGCGGAAAGCCGCUGAGAUAGUCCAGCAUGAUAAAAUGAUGUGGAAACAACUUAUAAACCAAUCGAAGAAAGAGAAAGAUCUGAGUGAGCUACUCGCCGGACAAUGGGACGGAUCAUUUAUACGCAGAUGUGAGAGAGAGGAAGCUAGGGUGGCUAAGAUCAGGAAAAGAAACAAAGAGAGGGAGGAGGCAGAAAUGCACCUCGCUAAGCAGAUUGAAGAACAGAAAGCAAUGGGCAGUAGGAAGAGAAAGUCUACUAAGAAACCAGGCUUUGUGACUGAUAUCAAAGACGAGGAUAUCGACGGAGAAGAAGAGGAUGAUGAUGCAGAAACAGAAGGAGAGGCUGAGGAAGACGAAUUGGAAGAUGAUGAUAAAGAUGCUGACAACUUCAAAGAAGAAAAAGAAGACACUGAGGACACACAAAGCAGACGUUCAAAGAGACAGAGAAAUCAAUCGCAAACACCAUCAAAGCAGGGAACGCCGUCAGAGAAAUCGACGCGCUCUUCUUCACGUAUGAAUAAUUAAAGUGUAAUUUAAAUUUAUAUUUUUUAUAUGAGAAGAUACCAGAAACUAGCUCUUAG